UGAACGAGCGCGCAUUUGACGUUCGCGCUCCGGGCUGUAGCGCGCCUCCUGAAAAUGAGGAAACAGAGCGAGAAAACAACAAAAACGUUAUAACUGUGCGAGCGGCUCUCUACAUAAUAACAGCUGCACACUGGCUCAGCACUGAUGCACACAUGGAAUUUAAACAAUACAUCAAAGUGCAGUUUUUGCAUUUUUACCAGAAACAGCGCAGUGCCUCCUCACAGUGAAAGCAGAGCUCCUGAAUACUUGCAUGUGUGUGAGUGUGUUGCGUGCUGAGCUCCACCAUGGUUCAGUGGCAGCUCUGCACUCCAGAGAACCUGAUGUAUUCAGGGUUUGGCCGUCCUUUUCCACGACACGGCCUCCAGCUGCUCUUUUGGUUUUCCAACCAGUGUGUGACCUGCGAGGUCAUCCAGCUGGUGGUCACCAUGAAGCUGGUGUCAGACUGUCAGCCGGAGAACGGGAACUUCGGCUUCCACCUGUUUGGAAACAUGGAGGAGCUCCUUCCUGUUCUGAGCAGGCCCAGGAAGAGCAGGAGUAAGGUUACGUACUUUGAGGUUGGCAACCUGAGCACAGAAACUUAUCCUGCUUCUGCAAACCUGCCGGCGUACGUGAGGGAAAAUUAUCGGCCGGGUGUCAGAAGCAACAACUCCAACAUCGAUCGCAUCAUCAUUGGUUACCGGGUGAGGACCCGGGUGGUGGAGACGGUGUACAUCACUGAGCACGACCCAGCCGCCUUUGGGAGGUUCAGAUUCGACAGGACUUUUGAAAUCAGCUGUGAACUGAUCCAGGCCCUGCAGAACCCCCAGCUGGACCUCACCAGCUUCCUCAUCCAGAUGGGCUACUACGUAAAUGUGCUCCAGGGCAUAGGAGAGACCCCCUACUCGGAUCCAUCAGCUCAGCAAACCUGCAGCAUGGUGCAGUACUACAGCGGAUCCACACAGCAGCCCAGCAGCUACGAGCAGCACGUGCACUACAGCUACAACACAUCAGCACAGAGCGGGCCUGCAGCUAACUACAGGAAACUACCGGCGUACAGUUACUGGAAGCUGCCUCGUGAAGCUUUCAGUGGAAAACCAAAGAAGCGGGAUGGCGGCGAGGACUUUGGCUUCCUGAAGCUUCUUCUCGGCGCUGGAGCGCUCUACUUAGCAGCCAAGUGUCUGUUCUGGUUACUCGGCAGCUGGUGGAGCGAAGACGUGGACGGAGACGUGGCGCUGAAGCCACAGUGGACUCCGACGUUUUGGCGCCGCGCUCCCAGCGAUCGGCACACGCACGUCAUGCUGGAUUACGUCUUCUAAAACUCACACGUGGUAUCAAAUGUCACACAAAGCUGUGGACUUUCUGGACUCCAGCCUGUGCACUGUGCUGUUUUCCACACUGGAGGAAAAAUGAUCAUUUUAAACGAUUUUAAGGUGUUUUUGCUUUAUGUUUGACACAGACUGGACCAAAAUCACAUUACGCAUUCAUCCAUGCAUCCAGCUGAAUCUGUAAACACUGAAGUGCUGAUCUCUGAAAUCUUACAUUUUAAAAAUCAGUGCAGUAUUCAUGUGAUGGUUCCUGUUCCAGGAAGCAGCUUUAGCUCCAGAUGACUCAGUUUCCACUUCCACAAAGUCAGCUCUGAUUAUUUUCACCCUGAGAUCAGCACGAGUGGAGAAAGAAAGCCAUCACCAAUCGAGCUCCGGUACCACCAUUCACCACGGCAACGGAAAAAUAAAGAGCAGGGCAGUGAUUUUAAUCCAGAAGACGAAGCAAUAUGAGCGUGUGUCAGGACGGGCGCAUCAGAGAUCGCACACUCGCAGUGAGACUGGUUUUGGUCGUUUUUAGUGGAAAAUAAACUCAAACUUUGAAUCAAAUGUUGUUUGACAUAAUUUAAAAACUAGAGCUCAAAAUUUCAGCAUGAAAUGUAAUCAGAUUACAGACUGUCUGUAGGUUCUUUUAGUCGUGUUUGAGACUAAAUAUUCACAUUGGGUCUUGGGAAUGAGGCGUGGGCUGGGAAGGCCACAGAUUUCUCUCCACAGCUUCGACUCCCGAGGCUGGAAGCAGAGAACAGUGAGUUCAACAAACAGCUCUGACCCCAGCAACAAGGUGACACCACAGCACCAGGAGCCAGCGCACACACUAACACAGGUGAGUUCACUGCCCACAGCCUCCAGGUGCGAGGACUCGUAGAGCACGAGUGUUGAACAUUUAGAUUCUGUCGAUCGUGUCGGAGAAUGGCCGACACAAAUGGAGAUGCUUUGAAACCAGUAACUCCAGUAAAGUAACUCCAGUAAAGUCCAAGAAUGAAGCAGAGAGCCGGAAAUGAGCAGAACUUUAAGGCAGGUCGCACAAACAUGGAUAAAAGUGCGUUAGCUGUUUGACACAGACAUAUGGAGGGCCAGGAGUGACUAAAUGAAGUAAUGUAAUACACCAUUAAAUAAUUGAUGAAAUGUUUAAUUAAUUAAUUAAUUAAACAUAUUUUGAGAAGUAAUUAAAUGACCAUUCAUUUAUUUAUUUCAAAUUUUAAUUAAUUAUUGACACAAUUCAUUAAUUCAUUUUGUCACUCCUGGUGCUCCGUAUCUCUGUACCUCUUUUUACUGGUCGCCCAACUUUCAGCAGACCAUAUUAGGUCGAGUAAACCUCGAGGUGUUUCUCUGCUGGACAGAAAUCUAAUCAUCGCUCUUUUUUUCUGAAGAACAAAAACCAAAUCUCUGCCGCUCUGGAUUCAGUAAAAUUGUUCCCUGGACCUGAGAUCUGAAUAUUAACAGGUGUGAACGUAUGGCUACGACAUCCUUAAAUCUGGAAGCUAUCAUUCAGAAAACCCAACGCAGACUAAACAGUGUCUGCUGAGAGAUCUCUGAGGAAGAGGAGGAAGAGUUCUGAUCGCCAAAGCGUCGCUCCGUGUAGAGAAAAAUCCUUCAAACAACAUCGACAAGGUGCUCUGUAACUUUGUGUGGAGAAAUGCGACUCAGUAUUUAAGGAAACCUGUUCUCAGCAAUGCAAAUGAUAAAGGUGGUCUACACGUCUGGAUUUUAGCACUUUAAACAAUACAUCUAAGAUUAAUUGGCUAAAAUAUUGACAAAAAUAUCCCAACUGCACCUGGAAUGUUUUUCUCCUCCAUGUGAGCUCUAAACUAGGCGCUUUAAACUUUCUUGGCAUUAAUCAAAUCCCAAUUAAAAUUUCUGCUUUUCAUUGCCGAACCUUUUUGUCACGCACUCUCAUGGACACUUUAUACAGACACCAAUCCCUCUUUAUGGAAUACCGGUUUCUUAAUAUCCCGCCUGGGGAUUAUGCUCAAGUUUGUGCUGUUCUGGUCACGUCCCAAUCCAAACCCUCAGCAGUGGUCUUAUUAUCACCAUCAGAUACGGCUGCAGGCAAAAUACUCUAACAAUCCAAGUAGAAUUUUAUUGUCAACCAAGCAAUACACACUCAAGUAUAGAGUGGGACGAAAUGUCUGGAUCAAAGGUGCAAACUGUAAAAAUAACAAUGAAACAAUUCAAAUAUACAACAGUGCCGAACUUGAACAGAAAUAGAAAAGAAUGAGAAAAAAUAAACACAACAGUGCACAGACAGAGUCACACACAGAUUUCCAGAAAUAACAAUAAAUCAAUCAGAGUCUUAUUUCAACGGGAAACUGUUGCGACUCCUCAUAUCAUCUCAUACUGGGGAAAGUUUGUAGACAACACAAACUGGACAAAGGUCUGGCUCUUCCCAACUGAUAUUUGAUCACGUUAAAGAAAUUUCCUUUACAUUAAUUCGGUUAAAAUCUAAAUCCAGAAAGGCUUCAAAGAGAACGUUGAUGUCAGCGGCAGCUUUUGUUCUGAUCACACUGAAACAUCUGUCCAUCUGUUAUUAGACUCAACUGGCUUCUCUCAAAAUGUAAAAGAACCCACCCACCACUUUAAUCACACUCUAGAUCUUGUUUUAACA